UACUGGAUUUCUAGAGCUUUACUUUGUGGGAGGUCACAUGGCAGGUGUUACACUCUAUAAUGUUCUGCUCCCUGCAGGAGAAUCCCGAAGAGGGCAGGGCCAGCAUCUACAAAUCUCUCAUCAUCAGCACCUCCAAGGAGAUAAUGUGCUUCAGUGACUUCCCCAUCCCAGAUGAUUUCCCCAACUACAUGCACAACUCCAAAAUCAUGGAGUUUUUCCGCAUGUACGCUGACUACUUCGACCUUCUGAAAUACAUUCACUUCAAGGGGAGGAGAACCAUUGUGGUCAGUGUGACAAAACGCCCGGAUUUCUCCACUACGGGCCAGUGGGACAUUGUCACGGAGACUGCGGGGAAGCAGGAGUCAGCUGUCUUCGAUGGAGUCAUGGUUUGCACCGGCCAUCACACCAACGCCCAUCUGCCACUGGACUCCUUCCCAGGGAUCGAAAAGUUUAAAGGCCGCUACUUCCACAGUCGGGAUUACAAGAAGCCCCAGGAGUUCUCGGGGAAGAGAGUCAUUGUGAUCGGCAUUGGCAAUUCGGGAACAGACCUGGCAGUGGAGCUCAGCCACACCGCAGAUCAGAUCUUCCUUAGCACCAGGCAGGGUGCAUGGAUACUUGAUUGGAUUGGAGAAGAAGGGUACCCCAUGGACACAAUUUAUGUCACUCGCUAUAUAGAAUUCCUCUUGCGCAUUGUGCCUCUAUCCCUGCUUAACUACUUUACAGAAAAGAAACUGAAUGCAAAAUUCAACCAUGCAAUCUAUGGCCUGCAGCCUGCACACAGGUUUUCCAGCGUGCACCCAACCGCCAGUGACAAUCUGCCAAACCGCAUAAUCUCUGGCAAGGUGCUUGUGAAACCGAACAUCAAGGAGUUCGCCACAACCAGCGCCAUCUUCAAAGAUGGAACCAGAGAGGACAACCUUGAUGUGGUUAUCUUUGCUACAGGAUACAGCUUCUCUUUCUCCUUCCUCGGGGAUUGUGUCAAAGUGGUCGAAAACCAGGUCUCCCUGUAUAAAUUUGUCUUCCCUAAUCUGGAGAAGCCAACUCUGGUUUUCAUUGGCCUCAUCCAACCAUUUGGGCCCCUCAUGCCCAUUGCCGAACUCCGGGGUCACUGGGCCACACGUGUGUUCAAGGGUACGUGA